AUGAAGCCUGAACAAAGGGUGCAGCGUAAUCUUCAACCAAAGAAGAAUCACGUCCUCAUCCUCACUUCCACUCGCUGUGGCUCAUCUUUCCUUGGACAGCUUUUCAAUUAUCAUCCUGAUGUCUUCUACCUAUAUGAGCCUGUAGUUAAUGUAAAGAAUUCGCUGCAUCUCCAUCUUCAACAUGAAACUGAUCGUAGGCAACUGCUGUCUUCUGGUAGGGACGUUCUCCGAAACUUGUUCAAGUGUAACCUCUAUGUUCUGGAGAACUACCUGAAUCCCCCUAAAAAGCACAUAUUGGAGAAUCUGCAUCGCCGUGGGGCCAAUAAGGCCUUUUGCUCUCCACCAGUGUGCUAUGCCCUUAAGCAUGACAUGGUGAGCAUUAAUGAAUCUGAGUGUGUCAGUAAGUGUGGUCCCCUCAAUCUCACACUGGCAACAGAUUCCUGUCAGGGGAAAGGUAAUGUGGUCAUCAAAGAGGUGUUCAUGACACCAAGAGUGGAUGAGCUCAGAGACUUGCUGGAAGACUCACAGUUGAACUUGAAGGUUAUCCAGCUGGUUCGGGAUCCCAGAGCCAUCCUGGCCUCCAGGCUGGCUAUUCGUCCUCCACUUAAGCCAUACUCAUCAUGGAGGAUCCUUAAUGACCACAGACGCAAACAGAGUGACCUAACGCUUCAGGAGUGCGGUGACUUCCUCAGAUCAGUCUCUGUUGGCCUGAGCUGGCCCCAGUGGCUGAGAGGAAGGUACAUGGUGCUGAGAUAUGAGGACUUGACGCAAGAACCACUUCAAAAGUUGCAAGAGAUUUACGAAUUUGUGGGUUUGAGUAUGGACCAGAAGGUGAUGGACUGGAUAGAGCAAAACACUAAGGAAAGUGAAGAGACCACGUCUAAUAGUCAGUACAGUACAAAAAGGAACUCCUCAGCUACUGCAGAAAAUUGGAGGAAGGAAUUAUCAUAUGCCGCAGUUGAACACUUGCAAAAUAUCUGUCAGAAAACUCUAAACAUCUUGGGCUACAAACUGGUCAGGAAUCCAGAAGAACUCAAAAACAUGUCUCUUUCUCUAAUUGAAGACAAACAGUUCAUGCUUCAUUGA